AUGGCCAUCGCCAUGCACCCAUUGAACGUGCUGCUGGUGUGCUUCCCGCUCGGCAUGUGCGCGUGGGUCUUUGAGUGGAGCGUCGAGUCGAUGUUCUGGUUCAAUUUUCUCGCCAUGGUUCCCUUGGCGAAGAUUCUUGGAGACGCUACCGAGGAGCUUGCUGCGGCCAUGAGGAACGACAUGCUAGCAGGGCUAUUGAACGCCACGUUCGGCAACGCAGUGGAGAUGGUGAUGACGGUCAUCAUGUUGUACAAAGGCAAGAUCACGCUCGUCAAGGAGACGCUGCUCGGCUCCGUUCUGUCGAACCUUCUCCUGGUGCUUGGCAUGUCGUUCUUCUGCGGUGGGCUCGUGCAGCAGACCAAGAAGAAGAGAGGCGCGAGCCUGAAGCCCGCAGACCCGAGGAGCGAGCUUGACUCCGACAAGGCUAAGAACUACGAGCGGAUCUCCGAAAAUGGGCGGCCUGGGCCCUCGAAGUCACCGAGAGACGGCGCGGUGGCAGAGGACAGGGUCGCCCUCGUGGACCAGGAGCCCGUCAAGAAGGCCAGCGAGUCUUCUGGAAUGCGGGCGAACUUCGGAGACGACGUCUUGUUCACCGAG